AUGUCUCGAUACAGUCGAUCGAGUAGUUCAAGACCUUUCUAUCGAGUCAAAAUAAUUAAUGGAAUACAACCUUCAUUAACAUCAGAAAAUACAACUUCUACUACUACUCCAACAACAACAACAACAACAUCUUCUUCUUCUUCUACUACUGCUAUUAAUAAUACUGAACUAGAUGAAAUUGAAAAUCCUCGUUUACUUAAUAUACUUAAUUGGUCACCGUUAGAAAAUUUAGUUACAAAUAAAACAACACUAGCAAUCAACGAUGAAAAUGAAACAAAAUCUAAAAAUGGUUAUAAUGCCGUACAAAUAUCAAUUGAACUACAAAAGAAAAUGUUAAAUUUAAAAGCUAUGUUUAUUGAUCCAUCCGGUCGUUUAGUUAACUAUGGUCGUUUGCGUGCAAGUAAUGUCUAUAAUGAUAUAUGUGAAAUGGGUAAUCGUUUAACAACAAUAAGCCUUGAAAAUGUCACAGAAAAUGAACAUCUUUAUAAUAUAUUAACAAUACAUGGUAUAACAUCUGUUAAUGAAUUACCUAAAUCUGUUUUGGAUUUAAAUCAAUUUUGGAAAAUAACAUCAUAUAAAGUUGGAUCUUAUUUUUACUCAUUAGAUGAUAUUGAACAUGGUAUUCUACGAGGUAAUAAACCUCAUUCAAAUUGUACGCAACGACAUUUUACAUUUAAUGAUCCUCGUACACGAUAUUCAAUGCGUCGUUGUGAUCCACGCAUUCAUUUUGCACUUAAUUGUGGUGCACGUUCAUGUCCACAAAUAGCAAUAUAUUCAUCAACAAAUCUUGAAAAAGCAUUAAAUAUGGCAACAACAUCUUAUUGUAAUGCCGAAGUCGAUAUUAUCCUUGAAAAUGCUGAAGUUCGUUUAUCAAAAUUAUUUCUUUGGUAUAAAAAUGAUUUUGGUCGAUCUGAAACGGAAGUAUUAAGAUGGAUAGCUAAAUACAUUGACGAGCCUAAACAAUCAUUACUUAAAACAUUACUUGAUCGACAAGGUUCAAAAGAUGGUUUACGUAUAUCAUAUAAAAUCUAUGAUUGGAUGGUAAAUCAUCAUGAUGCUCCAAUGCCUAUUAUAGAUUCAACAACAACAUCAUCUAAUGUAGAUGAUUAA